GUGGUAGUGGGGGAAAGGACAGAGAAGGCAUUCACUUAGCUCCAGGAACAUGUGAGUGUGUGCAUGCGUGCAUGUGUGUGUGUGUGUGUGUGUGUGUGUGUGUGUAAGCAGCAAGAAUGCCAUCCUGUCUCCUUCUUCAGAGGCAGGCCCUGGGGAUGGACUCUGCUUCUUCCCUUGGCAAAGGUGGGGUGCUGAUGGUGAACCUCUUGCUCAAAUCUCUCGGGUCCAGAGUCCCUGACCCCGGUCCUCGCGUGGCUCCUCUUCACUCUGCCUGGGCCAGGAUGGUCUCAUGCAUCAGGAGGUGGGAGGGCCUUUCACCCUAUAAAGGCUGGUGGUUGCCCUGCUCCCACUUCGGGCUGCCAAGGACUGCUCAGGCUCUGGCAGCAGCUGGACGCUGGCCCUGGCUGGCCCUAGUAGUUGAGUAAGAGUGCGGCCAGCCCUCAGCAGACAGACAGGCUCCUUUCUGUUGGUGGCCCUGCCCGCCGGGCGAUUGGUGGGAUGGUUUGCCUGUCAUGGGGUCCGGGGAGCAGUUUAACCCCAUUAGGAAUAUUUUUUAGGCAGCAUUCCCUAGUGGGGUCAGCUCCUGGUACUGGAAUACUCCUUAACCCCUGAGUGCCAGCAAGGGGGUGGGAGGUGAGUGCUGAGAGAAAGCUGAGGUCAGCCUUCUUUGAACCUCCACGUGGUAUUUACCAAGAGCAGUCGUGGCCUGAGGCCCAGGCCCCUGGAAUAUAAAGUGCAAAUGUCUGUUCUUUGUGCCCAGACUGGAGCAGGCGACAAUAAUGGCUAGCACGGCGGCAGCACUCACCUGGGUUCUGGCCCUCUUCUCAGCGCUUCCAGCCACCCAGGCCGGGAAAGGCUUCUGGGACUACUUCAGCCAGAGCAGCGGGGACAAAGGCAGGGAGGAGCAGAGCCAACAGCAGAAGCUGGCGUGGGAGCCCACAAGCCUGAAAGGCAACCUUGAGCAAGAUCUCAGCAACCUGAACACGUUCCUGAAAAAGCUAGAGCCUCUAAGUGCACAGGCGCAGGAUUCCCCUUGGCUGCCACUCGAUCGGGAAGGCGUGCGGCAACAGCUGCAAGAAGAGUUGGAAGAGCUGAAGGCACGCCUGGAGCCCUAUAUGGCGGAGGUGCACGAGCUGGUGGGCUCGAACUUAGAGGGGCUGCGGCGGCAGCUGAAGCCCUAUACAUUAGAGCUCAUGGAACAGGUGGCUCUGCACGCACAAGAGCUGCAGGAGCAGUUGCGUGUGGUGGGAGAGGACGCCAAGGCCCAGCUGCUGGGGGGUGUGGACGGCCUAUGGCGGGGACUACAGGGCCAUGUGGUGCACCACACCGGCCGUGUCAAAGCCCUCUUCCACCCUUACGCCGAGCGCUUGCUGAGCGGCAUCGGGCGCCAUGUGCAGGAGCUGCACCGCAGUGUAGCCCCGCAUGCUGCCGCCAGCCCUGCGCGCCUCAACCGCUGCGUACAGGCUCUCUCGCACAAGCUCACGCUCAAAGCCAAGACCUUGCAUGCACGCAUCCAGCAGAACCUGGACCAGCUGCGCGAUGAACUCAGCGCCUUUGUGGGCUUGGAAGGAACCGAGGAGGGAGCCGGACCAGACCCCCAGCUUCUCUCCGAGGAGGUGCGCCAGCGACUGCAGGCUUUCCGCCAAGACACUUUCCUGCAGAUUGCUGACUUCACUCAGGCCAUCGACCAGGAGACGGAGGAAGUUCAGCAGCAGCUGGCGCCGCCCCCGCCAGGCCACAAUGCUUUCGCCCCUGAGUUGCGACAGAUGGACAAUGGCAAGGCCCUGAGCAAGCUACAGGCUCGUCUGGACGACCUGUGGGAAGACAUUACCUACAACCUCCAAGAUCAAGGCCACGGUCACUUGGGAGCACCCUGAGGGUCUUGCUUCUGCAGGCCCAUUCACCAACUCUUAAUCUGGAGAGCUGAGGAUCUGAGCCUCAGUCAGGACACAGCCCCUGGGCGGAGGGUGGAGGGUCCUGUGGGAUAGUUGAGGCCACUAAAGGGGCUGCUGGUAUCUGGUCCUCUACAGCUCUUCCGUGUGGAUGCAUUACACUCAGCAGGCGUUGAGAAGCCAGCUUCCCGUGAUCAUUUAGGAAUCCUUAAGAGUGGCUCCUUUCGGGACAGGAGGGUGUGGGGAGGGGCCUGAGUGCAGCACAGGUGGUUAUCCGCAAACCUGUCAGGUGCUUGAAGCCUGUGCCACCACUAGGGGCGCAUCCUCAAUCAAGCUCAAAGCCCACUGUGGCCACCUGGUGGCCAGUGACGUCGCUGGUCCUAUGUCUUGUCUUACUGGAGCUCUUAGUGGGGCUGCCUUGGGGCGGCUUUUGUGGGGCUAACGAGGAGAAGGAUGGAGGACACUACCUCUGAGGGGGAGCGCAUGGGAGGGUCGUGGGUCUAUCCCUGAUGGCUCUGAUGCCCCUGGGAAUGAAUGACAGGUGCAGUGAUGAAAGUGGGCAGAUCUGCAUUCCCCUACAGACUGUGAACUUAAAUGAGGGACUGAGCUUUCCAAACUGCGCGAGGGGGGGGGGGGGGUCGCAGGACUCCUUAAACCCCUCUGGGGGAGCACCUAGCAUGCCCUCCCCAUCUGCUGACGCCAAGGUUGGUCUGACCUUCUGGCUCGAAUGAAAUAGACACUUAUGAUG